CACUAUUAGGGAAAAAACAGCCUGAAGUAGUUUGGUUGUCAUUCUGACAAUCCCAUUGGUCGGGGAGGCUGCGGUGUUCCGAACAAUUUUUAAGGGAGUGACACAAGAGGGUGAAUUUGGGUAUAAACAGCAUCGUCUGUGCAACUUUCCUGACAAUCUGGACGAGGGAAGGGAGCAUUUCGAAGUGCGGAGGAAGGAACACAGGCUGUGUAACACAACUAUGGCCAGGAAUCUCAACUUACUUUGCCUUGUAUUUAUCAAAUCAGUGAUUUUACAAACUGCGACAUCGAGCACUUUCAAUGAAUCGAUUUACCUGGUGAUGGUCAGCUCGGAAGUGGUAGGAGGGACCACAGAGAAACUUUGUGCUCAGGUCCACCAAGCCACAGAGCCUCUGUCAUUGAAGGUGUCGAUGGAGAUGGAGGGUGGCAGCAGCACCAUUCUACUGGAGGAGGCCGUAACACAGGAUUUCUAUCGCUGCACCCCCUUCCAGGUACCCACAGUGAAGGCUGACAGUGUGGCCACUGUCCAUGUUAGCAUCAAGGGGAGGAAGGAUGUGAUGAGUAAAAAUACCACGAUCUUUAUCAAGCCCAAAAGAUUCCUCACCAUUUUCCAGACAGACAAACCAGUCUACAAACCUGGACAGACAGUCAAGUUCAGAAUCGUCUCGCUGGAUGCUAGUUUCUUGUCAUUCAAUCAGAUGUAUGAAACAGUGGAACUUCAGGACCCCAACUCCAACCGCAUUGCUCAGUGGUUGAACCAGUCAACAGUGAGUGGAAUUCUGGACCUGUCCCACCCCAUGUCUACAGAGGCAACGCAAGGAAGUUACAUCAUCACUGCAUGGAAUGAGAAGGGAGAACGAACCUCCCAAAAUUUUGACAUCAAAGAAUAUGUGUUGCCCAAAUAUGAGGUGAAAGUCCAUCUUCCCCAAACAAUAACUAUUCUGGACAAUCAAGCAACACUGAGAGUUUGUGGAAAAUACACUUAUGGAAAACCAGUGCUGGGGUCUGUCACGAUGAAAGUUUGCAGAAAUGCCAUUCGACUUCACUGGUUAUUUGAGUCUAGUAAUAUCUGCGAGUUGUAUCUUAUGAAAACUGACAAAACUGGUUGUGCAACCCAAAUUAUUGACGUGACCCGGUUUGGUCUAAAUGAAUCAAAGUUUGAUGACUUCGAAGUGGAGGCUGAGAUGGAGGAAUAUGGAACGGGGGUCAUCCUUAAAGGUAGUGGCAAGGCAAGCUUCACCAAUGUCAUCAUAACUGUUUGUUUUGAGGAUGUGCCCCAAGCAUAUAAACCAGGGAUUGCAUACGAGGGGAAGAUCAAAGUGACCGGUCCAGACUCUACUCCCGUUCCCAAUGAGCCUGUGUAUCUCUUCCUACAAAACAGUGGCACAUCUGAGAACUGGACUCUCACCACAGACAGCAAGGGCAUUGCUUCUUUCUCUCUAGACACUUCUCUAUGGAGUUCUGAGUCUGUGUCUCUGUUGGCUCGUUAUCAAAAGGUUAAGGAGGAUUAUCCGUACAUGCACGGUGUGCGUAGACCAGAAUAUACAUCCGCUUACCAUUUCGCAAGGAAAUUUUAUUCGAAGAGCAAGAGCUUUGUGAAGAUAAUGCAGGGUGAAGGGAAGUUCUCCUGUGAGAAGGACGGUAUUGUUCUUGCUCGCUACAUCAUCCAGGGGGAGGAGCUGAUAAAGGGACAUAAGACCCUGGACUUUUUCUAUUUGGUUAUAUCUAGAGGCAGCAUUCAGCAGCACGGCCGUCUUCCUGUGACCGUUAAUGAAGGAAACGUAAACCAAGGGGAGCUGACGCUCUCACUGCAGCGAAUGCCUGAGCUGACCCCUUUAGCCCAGGUAGUGGUGUAUACCAUGCUGCCUGAUGGGGAGGCAGUAGCAGACAGUCGAGACUUCCCCAUUCACCUCUGCCUGAAAAACAAGGUAUCCCUGAAGUUCUCGUCCCUCCAGGAGUUGCCAGGGGAGAAGACCUCUCUGAGCCUCCAGGCCCACCCAGGGUCUCUUUGUUCUCUCAGGGCCAUCGACCAGAGUGUGCUGCUGCUGCAGCCUGAACAGGAGCUCAGCUUAGACUCUGUCUUCAGUCAGCUGCCUGUUCAGAAGUUGUCUGGAUAUUCAUACAGAGUAGAAGACUUUGACCCCUACCCAUGCCUACCAUAUCCUCCAAUCAUUGAAGAGGAGCUGGAGGUUGCCCCUCUACCUGUACUUAAACUGGCCGAGGAUUUGGAAGCAACACCCGUACCUGAUCGGAAAAAACGCUCAUUCUUGUUUGGCCCCAACAAUGACAAAAACGACGUUUACAACGUCUUUAAAGAAGUUGGAAUCAAGAUCCUGACCAACUCCGACGUGAAAAACCCUUUUAACUGUAACCUACACUUUUCUAUGGAAAAAGGCUCGAUGGUACAAGAUGAUGAAAUUGAUGCUCCAGUGUCAGUUGCCUACAUGAUGUCGGAGACCUCAGACGCUGGAGCCUCUGACGGGCCUAAGGAGACCGUCCGCACAUACUUCCCUGAGACCUGGAUCUGGGACCUGGUGCCUGUUGGAGAUACAGGAAAGGUGAAUGUUGAGAAGACUGUCCCAGACACCAUCACUAAGUGGGCUGCAGGGGCAUUCUGUACUUCCCCAGUGGGUUUUGGCCUGGCUCCCAACACUGGCCUCACUGCCUUCCAACCCUUCUUUGUGAGCCUGACGCUGCCCUACUCUGUCAUCCGGGGGGAGGUGUUCACACUCAAGGCCACAGUGUUCAACUACCUCUCCAAGUGUAUCAUGGUGAAGGUGAUUCUAGCUGAGUCGGACCAGUUCACAGCCAAGCCAUGUGAAGGCUGCCAGUACACUCUGUGUCUGUGUGCUGAAGAGAGCAGGACCUUCAAGUGGAUCCUCACCCCAACUGCUCUGGGGGAGGUGAGUGUGAAAGUGAGCGCCGAGGCAUUGAAGACUGAGGAGCUCUGCGGCAACGAAGUGGCCACGGUGCCAGAGAAAGGACGCAUUGACACCAUUGUACAAACACUGCUGGUAGAGGCCGAGGGAACCCAGGAGACGGUUAGCCACAACGCCCUGCUCUGCCCUGCAGAGGGCCCGGUGGAGAAGGACAUCUCUCUGAAGCUGCCUGAGGUGUUUGUGGAGGGCUCUGCCAAGGCCUCGCUCUCAGUACUAGGUGACCUGAUGGGCCGGGCCAUGAAGAACCUGGACAGCCUGUUGCAGAUGCCCUAUGGCUGUGGAGAGCAGAACAUGGUGCUGUUUGCUCCCAAUAUCUACAUCCUCAACUACCUGCAGAGCACCAGGCAGCUCACCAUGGAGAUCCAGACCAGGGCCACAGGCUUCUUAGAGAGUGGCUACCAGAGAGAGCUCAACUACAAGCAUGGUGAUGGCUCCUACAGUGCCUUUGGGAAGAGUGAUGAGUCUGGAAACACCUGGCUCACCUCCUUUGUGCUGAAGUCCUUUGGCGGGGCCAAACCCUACAUCUUUGUGGACCCCGCCCACAUUGCCCAGGCCAAGGCCUGGUUGGCCAGUCACCAACAGAAGGAUGGCUGCAUCACAUCAGUGGGGAAACUCUUCCAUAACGGCAUGAAGGGCGGGGUCGGGGAUCAAGUGUCGCUCACUGCCUACGUUACCGCUGCACUGCUGGAGCUGGAUGGCAACACUACUGACCCCAUGGUGGAGAAGAGUCUGGUGUGUCUGAAGGCAGCAGUGUCUGACCAGCUGGACAACACCUACACCACGGCCCUGCUGUCCUACACCUUCACCCUGGCACAAAACCAGGACAUGAGGGCCAAGCUCAUCACCCACCUGGACAAGAUUGCUGAUACCUCAGGUGGCAAUCGUCACUGGAAGAGAGCAGAGGCUUCUGGGCUGAAGACGGACUCUCUGGAGGUGGAAAUGACAUCCUACGUGCUGCUGGCGCUGCUCUCAGGCCCCUCCAUGCCAGGCUUUGGGCUGGACUACUCCACUGCCAUCGUCCGCUGGCUGGCCCAGCAGCAGAACCCCUACGGAGGUUUUGCCUCCACACAGGACACAGUGGUAGCACUGCAGGCCCUGGCCAAGUACGGUGCUGCCACCUUCAGUCCAGAGGGCGCCAGUGUAGUCAGUGUGAGCUCAGCCGGAGGCCUGAAUAUGGAGUUCACUGUGAAUCAGAACAACAGGCUUCUCUAUCAGGAGGAGCAGCUGAAGGAGGUCCCUGGGGACUACAACAUCAAGGCACAGGGCAAGAGCUGCGUGUUUGUGCAGAUCGGCAUGCAUUACAAUAUUCCCCCUCCUCCUGAUUUCUCUGCUUUUAACAUCUCAACAGAGACGCUGGGGAAAUGCAACGGCAUCAAGAAAUCUCUGAUUGUGUCUGUGGAUGUAAGGUACAACGGUCGGCGAGAGGAGACCAACAUGGUGAUCGUCAAUGUCAAGCUUCUCUCUGGCUUCGUCCUGGACAAGUCCUCCCUCAGGCCUUUGAAAAAUGACCCCACUGUCAAACGAGUUGACCUGGAGGAAGGACAUGUCAUAAUCUACAUAGAUGGGCUUAAGCAGAAGCAAACUAAGACGUACAGCCUGGCCAUAGAGGAGGAUGUGCCUGUGAGGAAUCUGAAACCAGCUGUGGUGAAAGUGUAUGACUACUACCAGACAAGUGAUGAAGCUGUGAGUGAAUACAGCUCCCCAUGUGCAGAGAGAAAUGGCUUCCUGGAUUCCCCCAAGCAGCUGAUUGGUCAGCCCCAUGGCAGAUUGGAGCUGACCGCGCCCUCUCGUCAGUGGAUACAGCUGUAUCCCAUUACAGACUCCUUCUCCAGCUGUAUAUAAGCCAGUGUUCCUUUGCUCAGAGAGAGAGCUGAUGAUUAUGUUCUGUGUUGAUCGUUGCUAAGAGAGAGUGUCUAUGAUGUCCUAUGUUAGUUGUUGCUCAGCCAGUUUUUGUAAAGUAUUUUGUAAUCGGUCCUGCUGAGGUAUGUUUUUGUCACAAGGACUGUGUUUUGAUUAUUGAAAUUGUUCAAGUUAGGUUAAUAUUAUUCUGUUUUUGUUCCCGAAGGGGAAGGCACCUAGGGAGUGCUUAGCCAAGAGGCCUGCGGGCAUACACAACCCGUAGUAUUUACUGUCUAUGCACACUAGGUAAGACCUGGACGGACCACCCCGUGUCUUGGUUAGCGCACCAGGUGGUGUUAGUUAGGUAAGUAGUGGGUAGGCAGGUAAGGUAGGAGAGGGGGCUUUGACUUUGACUUUGUUUGCUUUUGUUCUGCCCAGCUACUUCUCCCCAAAUUUACCGUGUGAAGGAAUAAAUUCCCAGUAAAGGUGAAGUCUCAGUCGUCCUUACCCGCAUCUACAGUCCCAUUCAUCUUUCACUCCACGGUGAGUUGAGUUGUAGCAGGGUGUUGCGUAACAGGAUGACAAUGCCACAGGGCACGAGUGGUCACAAUGGUUUGGUGAGCAUGAAAAUGAUGUAGCUAUAUGCCAUGUCUGUCUCAGUCACCAGAUCUCAACCCAAUUGAACACUUGUGAGAGAUUUUGGACCGGUGCCUGAGAAAGUGCUUUCCACCACCAUAAGAAUUAUUUUUUUUAUGGUGGCAUUUCUCAUGGAAUAAUUGUGUCCCAUCCCUCCAAUAGAGUUCCAGACACUUGUAGAAUCUAUGCCAAGGUGCUUUGAAGGUGUUCUGGCUUGUGGGUGGCCAAAUGCCUUAUAGAGACACUUUGUUGGUUUUUUUCCUUUAUUUUGGCAGUUACCUGUACAUUUCCAAAGAAAGUGUCUUAAAGUACUUAUGGUUGUGAAAUAUGUUAUAGAAGUGAUAGUGACUGCAAUAUUUGAUGGUAGUGACUGGUUAUAGUUGAAAAAGUAGGUAGAUGGGAGGAUUGAUUGAUUAGGAUUGCUUGAACAUUUGAAAGUUGGUUUGAUGUCUUGUUUGACUGGUUCAAGAGUUUUUACUAUUGUUGCUGUGUUUAUUAUAAACAAAUUGAUGCUAAUUAGGGUUUCAAGCAGCAAAGCUGGAUGAAACCCAAUUGUAUUUAUUGACGUUCAUUAUUAGGAUUAUUUUCCCAUUUUAGGAGAGCUAUAGCUCUGAAAUGAUAACUACAGAGACCAAACUUGUUGGGAUGGUGUAAAAUUUUGCACGAAUACCUCUAGUUACACAUUGUGCAACUUGGCCAAGUGGUGGCGAUAUGAAAACAAUUUUCUAAGCCAUCUCUUAAUUUGACCUAAUGUCUCGGGAUUUGGUACAGAGGUUCUUUUCUACCUAAGGAACAAAUUUGCCUCUAGGACCGACGAUGUCACCCUACUGGAUCAUCUGCCAUUUGUAAAAUGGUGUAAAUUAUUAAACAUCUCAGACAACGCUUAAUCAGUUUCUCUGAAACUUGGUGUACAGUAUCUACAGACCAAGAUCUUUAAAUCCAUUACAAAUUAAGUUAUCUUAAACGUCAUGGCCGCUGUGAGCCAAUGACGUUGAGUCAGUUUGGGCAUGACAAUUCAAGUUGUUCUUGGAGACCAUGCCUCUCAAUACUCUACAAUGUUUCCUGAAGUGUAUAACUUGGUGUGAGUACCAGCUAUGAAGUCGAGUCCGAAACCAUUUAGAUCCAGACCAAGACUUCCGAAACCCAGACCAAGGACCAGUGUAUCAUGACCAGACCAAGACCAGUUUAAAUGGGGAAAACAAGAUCCAGGAGAGUAAACUUGAGUAUAGUACAGUCCAGUGGGUAGCAGGUAGCCUAGCGGUUACAGUAUUGGGCCAGUAACCGAAAGGUCACUGGUUCAAAUACCUGAGCUGAAAAGGUGAAUUUUUUUUGAUUUUGCCCUUGAGCAAGGCACUGAACUCGAAUUUGCUCUAGGGGUGCCGUACUAUGACUGAGCCUGUAAAACAACACAUUUCACUGCACCUGUCCGGUGUGCGACGAUACAUUAUUUUGUUGUUGUACAUUAAGGUAGAGUAUAAUACAGUUCAGUACAUUACAGUUCAGUACAUUACAGUAGAGUAUAGGUUAUGCCAACCCAUGACACGGGUUCGUAUCCCACCACUGCCUCUUUCAGAUAGACAUCCCUAGACAGUGAGGGGUUGUUGGUGUUGUGCCUGAACUGAAAUUUGAUGACUUGUAAAAUAAAUAUUUGAGAAUGCGAAAAGUGUUGGAAAGGGCAAAAAAGGUGGCAAAUGGCAGCAAGGCAACAAGGGUGAAAAGGGAGGCAAGACUCAGCAUAUGCAAGCAACUUCAUAUCGACCACAGGGUGGCGCUAUAACGACAUGUUUAUGUCACUAGCUCUGUUUGACUCAGUGAUAUGAGUCUAAAUUACCUGUAAAGUAUGGUUCAGUUUGACCUAAUGGUGGCGCUGUUCAAAGUGAAAAGCAUUCAUGCGAGCUCAUUGGCUCAUAGAGGCCAUAUUGUUUGAGCUAGAGUGCUGGCAAACAUUGAGUUAGAAGAUAUGGGAACAUUUGACAUAUAGCAAAUUUGGGUCAAAUCGGUCCAGCGGUUCUGGAGAUGAAGACUUAUAAGUUGUCCAAAAUACAUAAAGCAUUACAUGAUCUUUACUUUUCAAUGUUGAGAAAAAUGUAAUGCUAAGAUGUUAGGUGGUCAAGUAAAGACUGGUUGAGCAGCUCAGGUAGAUUGUACAGUAUGGACAAAAACAAAUGUUGCCAUUUACUAGUUUCACAGCUCCAGGCAAGAACACAUUCUUGACCAGGUAUUGACAUCGCAUUACCAGUUUUACCGCUCUAUUCAAGUGCACACUCUAAACCAGGUAUGGAGGUUGCAUUAUCAGUUUCACACUGUUUACUUCAGAUACAUCUUACUGGAUUUUAUCAAGUAAAACUUUGAGAUAAUUCAGUGAAAACACUACUGUAAUCGGACAGAUUAUAAUGUAUUACUGUGCAGCAAACAUUCUUCUUAGCAAACACUAUUAAAGUAAAUGUGGAUAUUGA